AGCGGUGGAAAAUUUAAUUAUUCAUGUUAUAAUUUCUUUAUAUUAUGAGUCCGCCCAAUUUCAAUUUCUAACAAUAGAGAAUAAAUAAUGUAUUUAAAGACAAGAAAUGCUUUAAUUUGAUCAUAUUGUCAUUCCACAACAUCAAAGAAGACAAAGAGUUAGGAAGAGGAGGAAUGGAUAGACAGCAAGUGGUCCUCCACAUGAACCCCGGCAUGGGAGAUAAUAGCUAUGCUCAUAACUCUAUCAUUCAGAACAAGGUGAUGAGGGAGACAAAAGCCAUAGUAGAAGAGAGUAUCAUGAGGUUAUAUACUAUUGUUCCUAUUCAUUGUUUUAAGGUGGCUGACUUAGGUUGUUCUUCAGGACCAAAUGCUCUUCAAUUGGUAUCUAAUGUCAUCGACAUUGUUGAUACUACUACUUCUAACUUGAAUCUCGAACCACCGGUUUUUCAAUUCCUCUUGAAUGAUCUAUUUGGGAAUGAUUUCAAUAGCAUAUUUAAAUCACUCCCUCAAUUCUUGGAAAGCCUAGAAGAAAAGAAGGGACACAAAUUGGGUCCAUGUUUUAUUAAUGCAACUCCAGGGACAUUCUACAAGAGGCUAUUUCCCAACGGUUCCUUACACUUUGUUCAUUCUUCUUUUAGUCUUCAUUGGCUUUCUCAGGCUCCAAAGGACUUGGGUAAUAAGGAAAAUAUACAUUUAACAAGAACAAGUUCUCCAGCAAUGCACAAAGCAUAUGGUGAACAAUUCCAAAAGGACUUUAAACUAUUUCUCAAAUUACGUUCACAAGAAUUGGUGCCUGGAGGUGGGAUGGUUCUGACUCUAAUUGGAAGAGACAAAACUCGUGAAAUCAGAACCUCUUGGAGCCUACUUGGCACAACACUCAAUGACAUGGUCUCAGAGAAUUUGAUUGAAGCUAUAAAAUUAGAAUCCUUUGAUUUACCAUUGUAUGACCCAACAAUAGAAGAAGCUAAAGAAGUAAUUGAGGAUGAAGGAUCUUUCACCCUUCAAAGGUUAGAAUCUGUCAUACUGGAUUGGAGCACAAACAUAAAGGAAGCUGUUGAAGAUGAAAACAAUAAUAAUCUUGAUCUAAAUACGAAGGCAGAGUUUACAACUAAAUUCGUUAGAGCUGCAUUAGAACCUCUUUUGAAGGCACAAUUUGGAGAAAAAAUAAUGGACGAGCUUUUCGUGAGAUAUAAGAAUAAAAUUGUUCAAUUAAUAAUGGAGGUUAAAUUAUUGGAAUUUUCUACUCUCAUAAUAUCACUGAUAAAGAAGGUUUGAAGGAAUGCAAUAACAUAAACAAUGUAUUCGUUUAAUCUGUUCUUAUUUAUCUUCUUCUUCAAUAAUGUGUAACAAAAUAAGUACAUUAAAAUUAAUUAUUAUGUAUCUUCUU